AUGGCUCAAUUGACUCCCAUAAGAGGGUUUCUGAAUACCCCUGUUUCUAAGUCCAUAUGUGUUGUGACCAUUAUAGCAGCCGUACUUCUUUCUAUUACCGAGCUGAAACCUUAUGUGAUAUUGGCACUAGAUCCAUUGAUUGUGGUAUACAACCAAUACUGGAGAUUGUUAGUGUAUCAAUUGGCAGUUAUCAAUGAAAGUGAUCUUGUUGUUGUAUUAGUUGUUUGGUUUACGUUUAAGAGUUUAGAAAGGUUCUAUGGAUCUCGAAAGUAUUUAUCCUUAAUAGGUUUAUUCUGGUUUUACAAUGCGUUACUUAACUUCACAGUGAUGACUGUUGGACAGUUGCUGAUUUAUGGAGUCAAAUAUUUGAUCCACAAAGUAUGGAGUUCAAAUCUUGAUGAUAAUGCAUAUUAUACUCCUACAACCUUCAAUCAAGUUGCACCUGGCCCUUUAGGGAUUGUUUCAUCAUUAUAUGUGACAUAUGGGAAGUUUGUUCCUAUCUCGUAUUAUUUCCAGAUCCUCUUCUCGUUACCGAGAAAGGCUACUGGAAACAUAGAAAGUACCACAACCGAUAAUGAAGUUGAUUUAAACGAUGAUGGUAAUGCUGUCCCCACCAUGUCUAAAACCAAACAAAUCACCCUAACAAAUCAAUUCCAUAUCCACGUGAUUUAUACUUUACUCUUUUUAAACAAUGGAUUCCAAUCAGUGAUCCCAUGUGUUGUUGGACUUGUUAUAGGCAAGCUACACACUCAAGAUAUUCUUCCUGGUUCGAAGAAUUGGCUCUUACCAUCGUUGGUAUUUGAAUUAUUUGUUAAUCCUAUAAAACUAAUCACCAAUGUGUUAAAUGGCACCAGAAACAUACGACGCAGAAGUAGAAGAAUGGGUGGUUACCAACAAGUGUCCACAUUGGGAGCUGGUGGUAGUAUAUCUCCUGCUGGUAAUCAGUCCUCUAGAAUUGCAGCUACAGGAUCAAAUGUAUCUGGUGGUGAUGGUGAUGAUGAAGCUAGUGAUAACGGGGGUGACGAAGAUGGGAAUGAUUUAGAUGAUGACUUCGAUGAAGAAAGACAACGUGCUCUGCAAAUCCGGGCUGAAACACCCAUAAGACCUUUAGGAAAUCAAUUCCUUGAUACUCUUAGAGGACAAUAA